AUAUGCUUGCAUUGGAUUUUACAGCUCGGUGACAAAGACUCGGGACCUUAGGUUUCGGCACCGGUAAAAUAUGUACUUUACAACUUGAAACACCUGUUUUCAGGGGCUCGCUCGGUGCUUGGCGCUACCCGAGUAAGGGGUUUCGAGAAGCUAUGCAGUAUAUAGGGGCUGUUUCUCCCUACGAUUGGGGUACCCGGUACCGUAUAAGCCUGUGAAAUGUGGCUCGCAACGGUUUUUACUCUACGCUAUGGGUGGAGAUAUCAAAUCCAUGAGUCACUCGGGGGCUUUGAGGCUAUGGUAUGGCACUCGCGCUGGGAUGAGAUUUAGUCUAGUCUACAGAUGCUCAUGAUCUACAAUAGUUUCGCGAAACACGAGGAUGAUGAUGAUGGGGCCAUGCCAAACAUUUCUUUUUUUUUUCUUUUUUGAUAUCUAUCUACUCGUACAUUACGAUAUUAUGCCUUGAAACCCGACUCACCGGCACAAUUUCCCGCUCGUAUCAUGCUGGCACGAUAUGAUCUGGAUAGCGGAUCAUCCGGUAUGCCUACAAUACUACUAACUUCAUACGAGAAUCCCUCUGUACGGUACUCGCUGUACCUCCCAACGCGAAUAGAUCUGCGUUUCUGGAUGUAACCAUGGUAUACCGGUUACCGUAUUUCUUGACGGUGGCAUUUGCGUCGAAUCCCCAAAGUUUGGAUGACGAGUUGGUGAUUGGAGUGGCUUGAUCUGAUUUUGAUAUAAUAUUAUUAUGCUCUUGCACGUCUUCCUCCACCACCCCCCCCCACACACCCCGUUCACUUCGUAUCAGACUUUUCUCACCUACCGUACCCCACCAGUUCCGUGGCGAUUUCCAGGUUUCGUGGAGCGGAUAUCAGACUCGGAGUCCGACGAAUCAUCCUUUUAUUUAUAUCACGGAUUAUCAAUGUCUUCGGAAUCUGAUCAUUGUUGUUGUUAUUAUUAAAGUUUGGACACCUCAUAACGUACCCUCCUUCCUUUCAAAAAAAAUAGUACAGCACUGUGGACCCUCACGACUCACGAAAAAAAGAUGGUGGAGUGGAAAGGGGAGGAAAAGAAAAGCAUUUGGUCCAUCAUUCAACAACCCACGACCUAAUCCGUCCAGAUCACCCCCCGCACCUUUUCAUUCGUUCACCUGUUCUCGGAGGAUGCUUCCUGUAAUAUUGGAUCGCUUUUAAAGGGGGCUGCUAUUGCGUAGACCGCUACAGCCCGAAUUCGAGUUUGAUUUCGAAAACUUUUGGUGGGUGUCGUGUGGGGUGUCGAUGUCGGUUUCGGUUUCGGUGCUUAUUGCAGGGCUUUUGCAAAACAAGCCUCGAUAUUAAAUUUGCGAAUAGAGUGCUAGUAUCGUGCGGAGAUGGUGGACUAACUUUUCGAACUGUUGGAUUGUAAAUUAUUGGAUUGGAUUGGAUCUUCGGGUCCCGUGUGCGUGAGUGAGGGGUAGGUUCCUACUGUACGGUACUUGUAUGCACUAAAACACAUUGGUCCCAGCGAGUUUGGGAGGUCGAACCUUUUGCAUCGUACAUACCGGUAGCUGGUUCUAGAGGGUUAGUCUAACGCGCGGAAGUACGGUACGGUAACACCUCGCACGGUCGGUGGCUUAUGAUAGAUGGUUACUCGAGUACAGUACAUACCCCACGGGUCUCACGGCAUCAUCAUCAUACUUGUAAUAUAUUACGAAGAUAAACCCGUAUCAUACUCUCCCGAGAACGUUACAGGUAGUCUAGUGAGUUAAGGGUGUACGAGCAGAGCACCAGCGCUCCACCGUACCGUAUCAUACUCGCUGUGAAACAGAAAUGAUUGGGAAUCUCACUAGGGCGUUGGAGCUGCCCCUCCUGGUAGAGGUCCUUUUGCGUUUUAUGAUAGGUAUCGCACAAUAACAUACUUCAUACCGUGCUUGUCUCACAAGUGAGGGCUUGAGGUAAAAUAAUUUUGCAGAGUUCCUCUCAACUUGAUCCAAAGGGGGAUGGAUUUCCAUUCCGGACAGCCCUUCCCCCACAUACCGCUACCGGCACUGUAUUUGUGUCGGACGGGUACGGUAUGGUACUGUACUCGACUUUCCAGCGGAAUGACCGCUGGAUGUCGCCUCCGGCAGCAACGGCAGAGUGUGAUGUGAUGUUGUAAGCCCUCACGAGACUUUUUUUCUAGCCGGAAAAUUUGCUCCGCUCGUCGGACCAUCAGAGUACCUCCGAAGCAUGCAGCGGGGAACUCCGUUGGACCAGACCGCAAGAACCUUCACUCUGCUCAUCACGAGUCCGUCACUCGAAUUAUGGGU